AUGGCUCCAGCAGCUGCCGGAGAAAGGUCUUUAAAAGAGACACCCACAUGGGCUGUUGCCAUUGCCUGUGCAGUUUUCAUACUUAUUUCUAUAUUUAUAGAACAAGCAAUUCAUGCUCUUGGGAAGUGGUUCCAGAAACGCAAUAAGAAAGCUAUGCUUGAAGCUUUGGAGAAAAUAAAAGCUGAGCUCAUGCUUUUGGGAUUCAUAUCUCUACUACUUACGGUGGGCACAAGAUAUCUUCCAAAAAUAUGCAUCCCAGAAAAGUACGGAAAUACUAUGCUUCCAUGUGAGCUAGAAGAUGGUGAUGAUAAUGAUAGGCGACGAAAGUUACUGGAAUUUGCUGAAACCAUGAUAUGGCGUCGAGUUUUAGCCGCCCCUAGUGGAGGAGAUUCCUCUGCUUGUUCAGAGGGUAAAGUGCCGCUGAUAUCUCCAUCUGGGAUGCACCAAUUGCACAUCUUCAUCUUUGUGCUUGCUGUUUUUCAUGUUAUGUAUAGUGUCCUUACUAUGGCACUCGCGCAUGCCAAAAUGAAGAAAUGGAAAGCUUGGGAAUCAGAGACCUCGUCCUUGGAAUAUCAAUUCACAAAUGACCCUUCAAGAUUCAGGUUUACUCGACAAACUUCAUUUGUGAAGCGUCAUUCAGGAUUUUCUACAAUGCCUGGAAUAAGAUGGAUUGUGGCAUUUUUCAGGCAAUUCUUUGGUUCCGUCACGAAGGUGGACUAUUUGACCAUGCGCCACGGAUUUAUAAAUGCACAUUUUGCUCCAAAUAGCAAAUUUGACUUCCAUAAGUAUAUUAAGAGAUCCAUGGAAGAUGACUUCAAGGUCGUCGUGGGUAUUAGUAUACCACUAUGGAUUUUUGCCGUGGUGUUUUUGGUUCUAAAUGUUCACAAAUGGCACGCGUUCACUUGGUUGUCAUUGGCGCCACUCGUUAUUCUUCUUCUGGUGGGUACAAAGCUUGAGCUUAUCAUCAUGGAGAUGGCUCAAGAAAUGCAUGAUCGAACUACAGUUGUUAAAGGCGCUCCCGUUGUAGAGCCAAGCAACAAGUUCUUUUGGUUUAAUCGCCCUGAGUGGAUUCUCCUCUUAAUUCAUUUCACAUUAUUCCAGAACGCUUUCCAAAUGGCGUAUUUCUUAUGGACAUCUUCUGAAUUUGGGUUCACAUCAUGCUUCCACGAAAACUUGCCUCUGAUACUGACAAGGGUUUUCCUUGGGGUAGCCCUACAGAUCCUAUGCAGUUACAUUACCUUCCCUCUUUAUGCUUUGAUUACACAAAUGGGAUCUCACAUGAAGAAAGCAAUUUUCGAGGAGCAAACGGCAAAGGCUCUUAAGAAUUGGCAGAAGGCUGCAAAGCAGAGAAAGAAGUUGAGGAAAGCAGGUGAUGCUUCUUCCUCAGGGUUUGUAAGUGGGGAAAAUACACCAAGCCAGGGUUCAUCCCCACUGCAUUUGCUUCACAACCAAAAGCACAGGUCCAAUCAAUCCGAACUCGAAAGCGUACUUAAUUCCCCUAGAUCGGUAUCUUAUCAAUCUGACACUGAUCUCUCCGAGAGGGAGGGCUCCGCACAUGAUGGGAAUGGUAUAAGAUCAGAAGAUCAACCUGCAGCACUAAGGAGAGAAGGAUCGCAUAGCGUUGAUUUUUCAUUUGUUAAGCCUUGA